UGCAUUGAAAGAGUCAUGUGACUAAUCAGAUGAGGAAAGGUAAUCCAAUUAGGAGAGGAGCAGCGUGCUCGUUAGGACUCCUAAGCUUCAAGCAGGGUCAGGAUAUUUGUGUGCGCAAGCUUCAAGCAGGAGAGAGUAAAUAAGAGAGUGCUUCACCAUGUCCAUUGUCAAAAUUCACGCUCGAGAGAUCUUCGACUCCCGUGGGAACCCCACAGUGGAGGUUGACCUGUGCACGGCUAAAGGCCUGUUCAGGGCAGCUGUGCCAAGCGGGGCAUCCACUGGCAUCUAUGAAGCCUUGGAACUGCGGGACAAUGACAAGUCUCGCUAUCUUGGCAAAGGAGUCUCCCAGGCUGUGGAGCACAUCAACUCAUCUAUUGCACCUGCACUUGUUGGCCAAGACGCGUCUGUGGUCGAGCAAGAGAGAAUCGACCAGAUGAUGAUCGACAUGGACGGCACAGAGAACAAAUCCAAGUUUGGUGCUAACGCCAUUCUGGGCGUGUCACUGGCGGUUUGCAAGGCCGGCGCCGCAGAGAAAGGGGUCCCUCUGUAUCGUCACAUCGCUGACCUUGCAGGAAACCCCAAAGUCAUCUUGCCUGUGCCGGCCUUCAAUGUGAUCAACGGCGGCUCCCAUGCCGGCAACAAGCUUGCCAUGCAGGAGUUCAUGAUCCUUCCGGUUGGCGCUAGCACCUUCAGGGAGGCCAUGCGCAUCGGAGCCGAAGUCUACCACAAUCUGAAAAAUGUCAUCAAGAAGAAGUACGGCCAGGACGCCACCAAUGUGGGCGACGAAGGCGGCUUUGCCCCCAACAUCCUGGAGAACCAGGAAGCACUGGAGCUGAUCAAGGAGGCCAUUGCCAAGGCGGGGUACACAGACGAGGUGGUGAUCGGCAUGGAUGUGGCUGCGUCCGAAUUCUGCAGGGAGGGAAAAUACGACCUUGACUUCAAGUCUCCCGACGAUCCAUCUCGCUACAUCGCUCCUGAGGAGCUGGCUGAGCUCUACAAGAGCUUUGUUAAGGAUUAUCCAGUGGUGUCCAUCGAGGACCCCUUCGACCAGGACGACUGGGCGGCGUGGAGCGACUUCACUGCCACCACCGACAUCCAGGUGGUCGGAGAUGACCUCACCGUGACCAACCCCGCUCGCAUCUGCAAGGCUGUGGAGGAGAAGGCCUGCAACUGUCUGCUGCUCAAAGUCAACCAGAUCGGCACCGUUACCGAAUCGCUGCGAGCGUGCAAGAUGGCGCAGGAGAGCGGCUGGGGAGUGAUGGUGAGCCAUCGUUCUGGAGAGACAGAAGACACCUUCAUUGCAGAUUUGGUGGUUGGCCUGUGCACUGGACAGAUCAAGACUGGGGCACCUUGUCGCUCGGAGCGUCUGGCCAAAUACAAUCAGAUUCUCAGAAUUGAAGAGGAGCUGGGAGACGAGGCUUGUUUUGCUGGGAAAAACUUCAGGCAGCCCCUGGCAGAGUAAAUGUACUCCAAGUGACGCUUAAACUCACGUCAGCCUAAUCGAUAAAGACUAGCUAGAAGCAUCUGUAAAUAAAGCUGGAUGUUGUUUUUUUUUUAUGUGAAGUCAAUGAUUAGUUAUUCACAGCUUCUAAUUACAAGCGCGGCUGCUUUGGAGAUCUAGUCAAUAAAAGACAAUUGCUCAGUGGCAA